AUGGUGAGAUCUGGCUGGCUGGACCCUUUUCUUGGCACUUUGACCAGCUCCUUCAGGCUUGAGCUCCCAAAGCUCAUGAAGUACCCGCACACACACCGCAGCAGCACAUCCAAGAGAUAUAAACCCUUCCGCCUGUCCAUUGCUUACACCAAACAAGACAUGGCACCACCCACUCGUGCACGACCACUCAGCAAAUCCGCCUUCGCGCCGUACUUCUCCAAGCUCAAGACAUCUGUGUACCAAGACAGUCCACGCCCUGCCGCAGUCUCAUCACAUCACUAUAUUCGCAGUAUAUCGUGGAACGCAUCGGGCACUUUUAUCGCAACCGGCUCGGCAGAUAAGACAUUGCGCAUAUGGAAUCCGGAAAAGACAAAUGUCAAAAACUCGACGGAGCUGCGCGUACCCGGCGCGACUGCUUUGACUGCACUGGAACGCGUCGCAUUCCACCCAAUUAAUGAGAAUGAGCUUGCGAGUUGUAGUACGGAUGGCAUGGUCAGGUUUUGGGAUAUUCGGUCCAAGGCGAGCGUGGGGGAGGUGAAGGUAGGGGAGCAGCCGUUUACUUUGGCGUGGACGCCGGAUGGGACUGAGAUCCUUGCGGGAAGAAAGGAUAAUGUCCUGGUGACCAUCGACCGUACAGCGUUGAGUGUUGUAGCUGAACACCGCCAGCCGCUACAGACCAACCAGUGCGUCUUCGACUGGUCAGGCAAUCGCCUCUACAUGACGGGCGGCGAUGGCUCGGUCAAAAUUCUGCGCUACCCAUCCUUUGAGAAUACCCUCACCUUGAAUGCACAUACCUCUGCAUGCUAUGCAGUUUCCAUGUCACCAAGUGGCGAAUACCUCGCAGCGGGCGGAGGUGAUGCGCUGGUCUCGCUCUGGGAUACGCAAGAAUGGAUAUGCGUACGAACGCUGGAGCUCACAGGUGGACUCGUCAAGACCGUCGACUUCUCCUUUGACGGAAGCUACAUUACAGCAGGCUCAGACGACAAAGAGGACAAGAAGAUUCGCAUUGCCCACGUCGAGACGGGAGAAAUUGUGCACACCAUUGAUGUGCCGACACCUGCGGCACAUGUCGCAUGGCAUCCGUGUCGCUACAUAUUGGCGCAUUCGGCAGAAAAUCAAGGACUCAAGAUUACGUACCGAAGUCAACGCCUCUUUGACAAAAGGACGCCUCUUAGUCUCACAAGACUUGGAAACUCUUUACCCCCAGAAGCGUUUACAAUGGAUGUCGCCGCGCCUAUAAACCCAACGGAUCUCUUCUCUGCCAAAGGGUUGGUGGUAGUAAUCACUGGAGGUGGUAGUGGCCUUGGACUUGCCAUUGCAUCAUCACUCUACCAAAAUGGCGCCUCGAAAGUCUACAUUCUCGGCCGCAGACUCAACGUCCUGCAAGACGCCGUCAAAACCCUUGAAUCCUCGCCUUCAGCUCCCAACCCCCCCUCUGGCAUCCUGACAGCCAUUGCCUGCGAUGUGACCGAUUUAGACUCUGUCAAAGCUGCCGCAGCCCAGGUUGAGCAAGAAAUCGGCCAUGUCGACGUCCUCAUCAACAAUGCGGGCGUCAUCGGCCCCAAGAACGCAACAGCUCUCCACACGGCAACCUCCAUCACCCAGCUCCGCGACGCCAUGGUCUCCGACUGGCCCGAAUGGACGACAACCAUGCAAAUCAAUACCCAAGCCGUCAUCGGCGUAUCCGCCCUCUUCCUCCCCCUCCUCGAAGCCGCAAACACGCGCCGCGGCUGGGCCCCCGGCAAAGUCUCGGGCACCGCCAAUCCACGGGCCCGCGACCCCUCGAAACUCGAAGCCGUGGGCGCCGCUGCCGACGACGACCGUCUAGCGCACAUCAUCACCGUCGCAAGCGUGGCUUCGCACAUGCGCUGGGUAUCUGCGGGGCUCGCGUACAAUGCGAGUAAGAGCGCGGCCGCGCACCUGGGCAAGAUGAUGGCCACGCUGCUGUCCGAGUGGGGUGUCAGGAGUAACAUUGUCUGUCCGGGCCCGUACCCGAGUGAGAUGACGCGGGGCAUCGAUGGGCGGUACGGGACGAAUCAGAUCCCGCAAGGGCGCAUGGGCGGGCUGAAUGAUAUCGGCGCGUUGACGCUGUUCUUGGUGGGCAAAGGUGGCGCAUAUGUCAAUGGGACGGUGCAGUUGACGGAUGGGGGACGCAUGGCGGUUUUCCCGGCUGCCUAUUGA